AUGGGUGAUGUUGUAAGCUUAUUCUCUGUGAUAAUUAUGAAAUUUAAAUCUAAGUUCAACCAAAGCAAAAUUUAUUUCCACUAUGAUCUUCCAUGGGAAAAGCUCAAGUCGGUGAAAUGGAUGAAUGAGAGAGCUACUGCUAAUAAAGCAUACGUACCCACGACGGUGGAAAAUGUAGCCAAUGUAUGCACGCACGCACUAUGCGUGGCGCCUGCGUCUCUCGGAGCGCGUGAGCUGCUCACUCGCUCCGCGAACGCACCGCAAGCGAUCGCUGCUGUCGUAUACGGGCUGGCACUAUGUCUUCUCUUCGCUGUUUCCACCACCUUCCAUUCAGUAUGCUGCUGCCGAUCUGACACUAAAAUGAAACACUUCCUCCACCGUUGCGACCGUGCCAUGAUAUAUAUAUUCAUCGCGAGCUCCUACUUCCCCUGGCUGACGGUGGGCACGCUCUCCUGCUGGAUGCUCCGCGAGCUACGCUGGGCGAUCUGGCUACUCGCAAUCCUCGGCAUCACCUACCAGCAGAUAUUCCACGAGCGAUACAAGAUGCUGGAGUUGCUGCUCUACUUGGUCAUGGGCUUGGGGCCGGCGGUCAUCAUUUUCACGUCAAAUCACCAGUUCCCGGCGAUGCACGAUUUGAAAUUGGGCGGGAUGCUGUACCUGGCCGGCGUAUUCUUUUUCAAAUCCGAUGGACGCAUACCCUUUGCACAUGCAAUAUGGCACAUGUUUGUAGCCCUCGCUGCCUCCGUUCACUACUUAGCCAUCCUCCGACAUCUCUUCCCCGAGCUAAAAUCUCAAUAA